AUGCAUCCCUCGCAUCGGCACCACCCUGGGGAUGACUUUCCAAAGCGAAAGCAACGUCGCUAUCGGACGACCUUCACCAGUUUUCAGCUUGAAGAACUGGAGAAGGCCUUCUCUCGCACCCACUAUCCUGACGUGUUCACCAGAGAGGAGCUUGCAAUGCGCGUUGACUUGACUGAAGCCAGAGUGCAGGUAUGGUUUCAAAAUCGUCGAGCUAAAUGGCGUAAACAGGAGAAGACGACAAUCGGCGGCAAUGGCAGUGCUGGCAUCAGCAUUAGCAGCAAUGGCGCCGCGAUGGCGCCGACCAGUCACAAUAAUGCUUCGCCAUACAGCACGGCACAUCCUCACUCCUCUCCGCCGCCGCCGCAACUUGGCAGCAUGAUCUGGAAACAUGAGUUAGUUGACUUGAUUAUUGCUAAUACUUUGCUAUAG